AUGGUCACUGCAUGCACCAAAUAUAUUACUGAUUUUAAGUCGAGCUCGAUGGAGCCUGGCAAAUCGCCCCUUGCACUUCUCGCGAAAACAUGUGAAACGAUCGGUCUUCCGGAGACCCCUUCGAAGAAAUCUCCAAGCGAUCUGAGCAACAAGAACACCGACAAGAAGGUGGAUGUCAAGCCGAAGACGUCUCCAAGAAGCACACCAGCUUCAAAAGAGCCAACGAUGACGUUCCCCGGACUUCCAAAGCCGCCAUUCCCAAUGGGAAUGCCCCCAAUGCCGUUCCCAUUCUUCAAUCCAAUGAUGCCUUAUCCGAUGGCGUUUCCCGGCGCCUUCCCGGGAUUCAUGGGACGAAUGCCGUGCCCGUUCGCCAUGAUGCGUCAACCAUGCAUGACACCAGGAUGCACCCAAUGCAUUCCAACCUCCAGCAGCGCCGGACCAACUCCGGAAAUGAUGGCCCAGUUCGCGACCCAUCCAUUGUUCAGUGCCUACGCCGGAAUGAUGCCAACAGUGUCUGGAUCAUCCGGCAUGCCGUCAUACCAGUCGCUUCUUGCUGCCGCCGCCGGAGCCACACCAGCGACUCCAAAGCAAUCGCCGGCGCAGCCAUCGGAGUCGACCCCGAGCACACAGAAGCAUCAAUGCCUUUGGGCGCAGCCAAAUGGAACCUGCGGAAAAACGUUUGAAAGCCAAGAAGCGCUCAAUGAGCACGUAAAGUCGGUGCAUACACCAUCGCCACCAUCCUCUGCUUCUUCGGCACCAAAGUCAGAAUCGCCAAAGAUUACCAAGACGCCGACUUCUCGCCCAUCAUCAUCAGCAUCUCAGGUCCGUUUCAAUCCGUAUGCGAAGCCGACGAUGCCGACAAUGAACCCGAUGAGUAUGCCGAUGCUUCCGUUCCCACUCCAGGCGAUGUACACCCAACGUUUAAUGUCAUCAAUGCCACAUCCAUAG